AGAUAUUUAGACCAAAAGCAACAAGAAAACAGACAUCACCCGAAGUCCAAAAAGAAGAAAGAUUCCCAUAAUCACCUGAAAGAAAACGUAAUGCACUCCAUCAGCAUCUCAUCUUAGUAAUUUAAAGUAUUAUCAACUUCAAACUUUGGCUAUCCUUUUCUUCUACUUUCUGCUAAAAAUCCUUUCUUUUUCCAUUCCCAAAAGUCCCUUUAUUCCUUCUUUCUCUCUUUCCCUGAAGAAAAAAGCUGAUCUUCCUCAUGUUAUUUAUUUCAGAGAACACAUUUAAUUGUAAUUUUCUUGAUUUUUUUUUUUUCAAUUCCAAGCUGAUCACUAGCCGGAAACAAUUGUUGUAGAAAGAACAUAUACCAAAACAGCCAAGCUGGAUAGGAAGAAAAAUGGUGGGGAGACUAAAGAUCGAAAGAUUGUGAACAGAAUAAUCGGACGGUGGAGAUUAUUCAGUUUGCUUAAACAGAUGCCUUUACCUUUGGAUGUUUUUAGUGAUGCUAAUGGUCACCAAAGAGUCACUUUAUCUGAGCCCGGUGGCUCGUCGGUUGAGGUAAUAGUGGAAAGCGGGCAAGUCGUGUCUUGGAAGAAUAACCGUCGAGAAGAGCUUCUUUUCUUCACAAGCAAGAGUAAUGGAAACCGAUCACAAGCUCCUGUAUUCGGCGGAAUUUCCAUUAGUUUUCCUCAGGCUACUAAUUUGUGGCCUUUCGAGCAGCACAGAUUAUGGUCGUUAGAAAACGACCCUUUUGAUCGAGUGCCAAGUGGCAGCCGAUUAUCGUCUGUUAAUCUUGUAUCUCGAACCUCAGACAAAGGUUCGAAAAUCCUAGCUUGCAGAUUCGAGGUUCGGCUUAAUAUAUCCAUCAGCCAGGGAAAGCUCACUCUUAUGCCUUCAGUGAGAAACAUCGGCAAUAAGUCAUUUUCGUUCACUAUCGCAACUCGUAACAGCUUAUCGGUUUCUAACAUUAGGUGUUAG